AUAGAGUAAAUGUCAUUUUCGGUCCCUAAUCAUUUGUUCGAUGAACUUUUCAAUUCCUAAGAAAUUUAAACAUCUAAAUCGGUCCUUAUCUACUUUGAUAUAUGUACGUUUCAGUCCCUGUCUACUUUGAGUAAAUGCUCUUUUCAGUCUCUAACCAGGGACUAGAACGUACAUAUAUCAAAGUAGAUAGGGAUUGAUUUGGACUGUAGAACAUACCAUUGUCUGAACGAACUGCAUGGUUGAAGAGCAGUUUCUCUAAUACGUUGGGCGACUAACACAACAUACUCUAGGAUGGGAGAACUAGUACAGCUGCAAACUGCAUGUAAUGUACCAACAAAAAAUCAUAGAAUAAAUAGCCAAAUUGGUCUCCGAAAGAUAACCCAUUCUUCAAACGAGUCCCCGUAAGAAAAAGAUAAUAAAAUUUGUCCCCGAAAAAUUUAAAAUUGGUAACGUUAGUCCUUCCGUCAAAUUUCCGUCAAUUCCGUCAGUGACGCCGUUAACUGUUGCUUAGGUGGCUGUCAGUGUGGCAUAUGAGCAUGCCAGCUUGGCGCAGAGUGGCUGGUGACAAGAUAUGUUUCCAUAUGUAUGUCAAAUUAGUCAUAGGUUUGUAAACUCUAAUCCCCUCUUCGUUUAAAAUUGCCAUUGUUGUUGCAGCUUGAGAUUGAUUCUGCAGAGGCCGAAAAUUCAUGACCGAUUGCACGAUGGGUAGCGUAGGUGGGGGUCGCAGUCGACAAGUGUCGCAAUCACACGGAAGCCAUGCCUCGAGCUCUUCGCUGCGGUGGCGGAGGAAGAACUCCGACCAAGUUUGCUUUUGUGGGCUGAAGACAGUGAUCAAGAAGUCUGGGACAAGAGAAAAUCCUGAUAGAUUGUUCCAUGCUUGUCCAAGAUACCGGAAGGGCAGCCACUGCAAUUACUUUAGGUGGGCUGAGGACGACGAGUAUGAAGGAUUAGAGCACUUAGGAGAAGUUAAAACUGAUGCACAAAUGGAGAGUGAUGUUGCUUUGUUGAACCAUAACAUAUCUUGGAGAAUGAUGACGUUAGAAGCUGAAGUAAAAGCACUUAGGAUGCAACUGUAUUUUGGAUUAAUAGUUGUGAUUGUGGUUUUUAUGAUUAUGUGUAUGUUCUUUAGUGGGAAGUGAAGCAGUUACUGUGAAAAGGUGAAAAGGAUGAUGCUGUGAACCUUUACAGUUUUCUGUUGUU